GAGUUUUGCUCUUAUCGCCCAGGCUGGAGUACAAUGGCGUGAUCCUGGCGCACUGCAACCUCCGCCUCCUGGGUUCAAGUGAUUCUCCUGCCUCAGCCUCCCGGGUAGCUGGAAUUAUAGGUGGCCACCACAACGCCUGGCUGAUUUUUUGUAUUUUUAGUAGAGAUGGGGUUUCACCAUGUUGGCCAGGCUUGUCUUGAACUCCUGACCUCAGGUGAUCCACCCACCUCAGGCUCCCAAAGUGGUGGGAUUACAGGCAUGAGCCAUUGGGCCUGCCUCCUCUGAGCUCUUUAUAUUGAGGUGCGCAUGGGCUUAUCAUGAAUGAUCUGAGUAGCUGUGAAGGGGAGCAAGCCCAUGACAUGGUGGGCAGCUGAGCGGCACAGGUGGAAAUGAACCAUGAGAGGGUCAUUGCCAGGUCAUUUUUGGGAUUUUUAGUGCGUGUUUGGGAACCUCUGAUUUUUUUUUUUUUUAGCUCCUCCCCGUGGCUCCAUUUGCCCUCACCACAACAAGCUGAGCAUCCUAUGUUCGCAGUAACACUUGGACCUGGGGUUCCCAAAGCAAGGGCCUUUGCCAGAUGCUGUACCUCUCUGCUCUUUCCAGACAUGUCAAAGCCAGUGAUUUUCCCCUCCCCAACAGGCAGUGCAGUUCCUUCAGGUGCCCCCUGCGUUGAUCUAGAAUCCCAAGGAGUUAAUGACUUCCCUGAUUGAGUUGCUUCCUUUGGAAGCCUCCUGUGCCGGCUCUGCCCAGCCCCCGCCUUCAGUGGCCACUGCGGGGCUGCCCAGCCAGAAACCAGGUCUCCCCAGGCAGGACCUCUCGCUCCUAUCAGCUGCAAAGUCACUGUCUUCCAGAGCCACCUGCCUCAUGACUGGCUCUCCUCAGGUCACAGGAAGCUGGGAGCGGGACCCUGAAAGAACUUGAGUUCUGUCCUUAGAUGUUGAGCAUGCAGCAGGCAAAGGGAGAAUGAGAGGAGACAAGGACCUGGCUUGCCGUCUACAGACUGUUCAGCCAAGGCCAUGCCUAGAGUGAGAUCUGCUAAAUGGGCACAGCAGAACAUUGGAAGAAGCACUUUUGACCCAGUGCUGCUGGGGUCUCCGUGGAUUAGAGCCAGGAGCCCUGAUGAGGCCUGUGGGCGGGGCUUCACUUUUGACCCUGAGAAGCCAACUUCACAUCUCCUUUCCUCUCACCCUUGGGCCCUGGGUAGUUCAGGGAGGCCACAGCCUUCUUUCUGUGCCCUGGCCUAUCCCAAAGUCACCUCCACUCACAACGUCGUGACCUUAGGGUCGUGCUGCGGCAGCCUGGCACCCGACAUGUGAAGGGGAACCUGCCAGGGGAUUACUGCGAGCUAACAGCAGGAUAGGCUGGCCCCGGGAGAGUGGGGAUGAGCAGAACCCGGGCCAGGAGUAUUAGGAAGGAGACCUGGACCCUGGUGGGGAGCUCAGCACACGCUCGCCUGACCCAGAUGGUAUUGGACACAGUGCCCCGCUGAACAGCAGCUGUUCCCAGCGCCAGAGGACCCCACAGCCACAGUAGGAGCUUUGCGACCCCUACGCAACUGCAGCUGGGGCUGGGGCUACGAGGAGAAGGGACCAGCACCUCAGAUGGGAAGCAGUAGGGCAGGACCUACCGCAGAAAGGAUCUCGAUCUCUGCAGCGGAGUUUUCCCACACUCACAGAGCUUCCUGUUUUUGUCCUCUCAGGGUUGGGGUCUGGCUCCCCUCCUUUGGCAGAGGUUUUGGGCCAGGAGGUGGGACAACGCUUGCAUGGAACCCAAGUCCCCUGAAGCCCAUGUGUUCUCUGUUGUGAUUGGAGUUCUAGGGCUUCCCCGCUGCCGGGGACGAGGGACCGCCUCAUUGUCUGCUCAUGAACCACAAGGACCCCGACUGCUCCAGACUGGAUUAUUUCAAGCUGCCAAAGAGGGGGACCCCUAGAGCUGGCAGCCAGCAAUCCCAAGGGACUAGAGGGCUGCAAUGGACUGACCUCCCCCUCACCAGGGUGGCAGGAGAGGCAGAGCCUCUGUGGCCUAGCUAGUGACGGAGAGACCCGAUGAAGCCCUAAGCAGGGGCCCCGCCUGACUCAGGGACAGGACAGCCACUCCUGCCAACGUGUGUUCUCCCCACAUUGAGGGAGGGCGUGGCAAGGGACCGCUGCCACUGUCCCCUGCUGCAGCACGUGCCCCUAUGCCCUUUGCAUGUGGUGCCAGAAUAGGCAGGCUGCACCGUGGCUGGCCCCUCAGCGGGCUGGGAAAAGAGUGGCCACGGUGACCGCCACCCGCCUGCCAGCACCAUGAAGUGCUCCCUGCGGGUGUGGUUCCUCUCCGUGGCCUUCCUGCUGGUGUUCAUCAUGUCCCUGCUCUUCACCUACUCACACCACAGCAUGGCCACGCUCCCCUACCUGGACUCGGGGGCCCUGGAUGGGACACACCGGGUGAAGCUGGUGCCCGGCUAUGCCGGCCUGCAGCGCCUCAGCAAGGAGGGGCUCUCGGGCAAGAGCUGCGCCUGUCGCCGCUGCAUGGGCGACGCUGGUGCCUCCGACUGGUUUGACAGCCACUUUGACGGCAACAUUUCCCCCGUCUGGACCCGAGAGAACAUGGAUCUUCCACCGGAUGUCCAGAGGUGGUGGAUGAUGCUGCAGCCCCAGUUCAAGUCACACAACACCAAUGAGGUGCUGGAGAAGCUGUUCCAGAUAGUGCCUGGCAAGAACCCCUACCGCUUCCGGGACCCCCACCAGUGCCGGCGCUGUGCCGUGGUGGGGAACUCGGGCAACCUGCGGGGCUCUGGCUAUGGGCAGGACGUGGACGGGCACAACUUCAUCAUGAGGAUGAAUCAGGCGCCAACCGUGGGCUUUGAGCAGGAUGUUGGCAGCCGAACCACCCACCAUUUCAUGUACCCUGAGAGUGCCAAGAACCUGCCCGCCAACGUCAGCUUCGUGCUGGUGCCCUUCAAGGCCCUGGACCUUCUGUGGAUCGCCAGUGCCUUGUCCACGGGGCAGAUCCGAUUCACCUAUGCCCCAGUGAAGUCCUUCCUUCGAGUGGAUAAAGAAAAGGUCCAGAUCUACAACCCAGCCUUCUUCAAGUAUAUCCACGACAGGUGGACAGAGCAUCACGGGCGGUACCCUUCCACGGGGAUGCUGGUGCUUUUCUUUGCCCUGCAUGUGUGUGAUGAGGUGAACGUGUACGGGUUCGGGGCCGACAGCCGGGGCAACUGGCACCACUACUGGGAGAACAACCGGUACGCGGGCGAGUUCCGGAAGACUGGCGUGCACGACGCGGACUUCGAGGCCCACAUCAUCGACAUGCUGGCCAAGGCCAGCAAGAUCGAAGUCUACCGGGGCAACUGAGCCAGGCCUCGCCGCGACCCUCCCGGCCCAUCUAUCAGGCACCGGGGCUCCGGCCAGGGACCCGGGACCAGCAACCCGGGACCAAUCAUGCUGUAGCCCAGGGGUGUCUGCUGUGCCCCGCCAAUCACGAGACUGGGGGACCGGCCAGGCCUGGCACCAAUCUGCGCUGCGGUCGGGUGGAGCUUCUGUUUCUCCCAGCCAAUCAUGUGACUAAAGGAGAACUUCCGGCCCUGUGUCCAGUCUCCUCCAAUCAAUGGCCUUCGGGGGCGGGCCAGCGGCUGCUCAAUCCCCACUCCCUCAUGCUUUGGGUUAGGGUUUUCUUUCACGCUUUCUGAGGAGGAGAGCAUGGCGCGGGCCUCGGCGAAGUACUUCCCUCAGCCUCGGUCGGAGGAGUGUCUCAGUCGCUGGCCAGACCCGGAGGAGAGCGGUCGGUCGUUGCGGGCCUCAGGAGAGAGGUGGCCGCCCGGCCCCUUUCCCCGCCUACCCGGAUGGGUGCGUGCAGACCCACCAAAGAAAAGCGGUCGCUGCGGGACCCCCAGUCCCACCUCGGCCGCGCUGUGGGAUGGCCGCGCCCCCAGGGCUUCCUGCGUCUCCAGGAAGCCGGGAGUGGCGCCCACUGCGGGGUGGGGUGCUCCCGGGCCGAACUCCGGACAGGUGGAGGGGACAGGGCAGGGCUCGAGGAAGCCCUGUCCCCUUCAAUGCAAGGUGCUGUCACUCACGUGUGCCCUCGACCCUCCCGUUCACCCGCAGCCUUCUCAGCGCCUCUCCCUGGGCCCGAGGCCUCCUCACCAGCCUACCUGUUGCUCUGGAAAAAAAUCCCCUGCCCCCCCGACUCCCUCCCUACCCCCACUCUUCGGCCGGCUCUGGCCCCUGGGGAGGGGGCUGUACGGCGGAAGGAGGCUGGCGAUGGGCGCGGCUGCCCGCUGCAUGCACCUCCUCCUCCACCCAUCGCCUCUUGCCUGGGGGUGACUUUGCCUGGGGCUCAUUCUUUGGUUAAGCUGAAGCUGCCGUGGGUGGCCAAACCGCAGAUUCUUUGCAAAUUCUGAGCUGGCAGUUGCGGGAGCCGGCCGGGGAAGAGGAGACUUGCGCGCCGCAGGCCGCCUGCCUCCACCCUGCUCUCCAUCUCCCGCUCUAGAAGGGCUGGGAAGCUCGCGGCCGGGGUUCCACCUGGAAGCUGCUUGCGUGGCUGAACCCAGCUUAGGUCCCUGGCGGGGCUGCUGGUGGAAUUCUCCCCCUUCGAGGCUGGGGAGGUUUAGGAGGGGGAAGGCUUCUGUGAAGCUCUCAAACCACUAAUAGAGCCCCCUCCCCAAUAGUGACGGCGCAGAUGCUCCCCUUUUUCUUAGUUGACACCACCUGGCAGCUUCCUGGCCGUUGGCAGGUUCCUGCAGCUGGCUGGGGGAACAGGGACCGGCAGGGGACUUUGUUAGGGGAGGGUUGGGAUGGGCAGUGGGCCCCUGAAAGUUAAUAUAUUGAAACCUAGCUCGAGUGUCGUUCUUUCCAAUUCCGAAAGUAGAAAGAGUAAAAAUAGGGGUGAUUGGGGUGGGGUUAGUAGAAUGCCUCUCUCAGGGCGCCCCCCGCCUCCCCCACCGUUUUAGAGAGCUAGGCCUCAGCCAGUCUUGCCACUCCCAUCUCAGUGCUUCCUGAAGAGGCUGUUUUGAGUGUUGAUGAAUAGCAAUGCAAUUAUGCCAAACAGUAUUGAGCAGAAUAAUUUAUUUCCUUUUUCUUUUUCUUUUGCUUUAAAUCAUGAAUCCCGCCAGGUACGGUGGCUCACACCUGUCAUCCCAGCACUUUGGGAGGCCAAGGCGGGCGGAUUACUUAAUACUUAGGGUCAGGAGUUCGAGACCAGCCUGGCCAACAUGGUGAAACCUCGUCUCUACCAAAAAAAAAAAAACAAAACAAAAAUUAGCCAGGCGCAGUGGUGCGCACCUGUAAUCCCAACUACUUGGAAGGCUGAGGCAGGAGAAUUCCUUGAAUCCAGGAGGCGAAAGUUGCAGUGAGCCGAGAUUGUGCCGCUGCACUCCAGCCUGGGCGACAGAGCACGACCCUGUCUCAAAAAAAUUAAAUAAAUCAUGAAUCCCCAUCCUGGAAGAGGUAGGUCCCAGCAUCCAGCCAGAUCUUUUCUGCAAUAGUAAUUUAAACACACUUUUUUGUUUUAUUUCCUUCCCUUUCUCUUUCUGAAUUAAAAGGAAAAAAAACUG